UGCUAUCAGAGAGACCAAAAGAAAUGUAUCCUUACAAAGUCGGGCGAACCUAUUAAGGUGGCACAUAUUUAUCCGUUCUCGAUGCGGCAUGAAGACAAGAACGUCAAACAAACUGUCCCCUUUUGGCGGGUUUUGGAAAUGUUUUGGUCGAAGGAACGAGUCGAUGCAUGGCACUCUGCAGUUUUCCCACAUGGCACAGAGGUUUGCCAGAACCUGAUCUGCCUUGCCCCACAUGCCCAUGCGUAUUGGGCGCAGGCAUAUUUUGCCCUGAAGCCAAUCCGAAUAUCAGAGGACAAAAAGUGCUUGGAAGUACAGCUGUUCUGGCUAUUACAAAACGCCCGCCGUCCAACCGUACAGGUUCAAACAGUCCCUUCAUUAGCAGCCCUGGAUCUAGGACCGAACUCGGUAAAACUUUUCGAUAACCAGACCAACCAGCUAAUCUCUUCCGGGUCUGAGAUAUCUCUCACAACUGACGACCCAGUACUACGGCCGCUGCCUGACAUGGCCCUAUUGGAGAUGCAAUGGUUUUUGCAUCGUAUAGCUGCAAUGAGCGGAGCUGUUGAACAACCCCAGGACAACUUUGACGAUGGUGACGACGAUGAC